GGUCCGUUCCGGCUUCAAUUACUCGAGGUGGUGGAGCCUGCGGUCGGACCGCUCGACUAAUUAUUCCGGUUGUGCCAGGAGGGUUUGAUUGAGUGUCAGGUGAUCCGGGGCCGUGUUAGCUGGGUUGAGCUCUGAUAAUCAUGCCUACAACUCAACAGUCACCUCAGGAUGAGCAAGAAAAGCUUCUUGAUGAAGCUGUUCAGACUGUGAAGGUCCAGUCUUUCCAGAUGAAACGAUGCUUGGACAAGAAUAAAUUGAUGGAUGCAUUAAAACAUGCUUCAAAUAUGCUUGGUGAGCUACGAACUUCCAUGCUAUCACCGAAGAGUUACUAUGAACUCUACAUGGCCAUUUCAGACGAAUUACAUUAUUUGGAAGUUUAUCUGACUGAUGAGUUUGCCAAAGGGCGAAAGGUGGCUGACCUGUAUGAGCUUGUUCAGUAUGCUGGCAAUAUUAUUCCAAGACUCUACUUGCUCAUCACUGUUGGAGUUGUCUACAUUAAGUCAUUUUCCCAGUCCAGGAAGGAUAUUCUUAAGGAUUUGGUGGAAAUGUGUCGUGGGGUGCAGCAUCCAUUACGAGGGCUCUUCCUCAGGAACUAUCUGCUUCAAUGUACAAGAAACAUUUUGCCAGAUGAAGGGGAGGAGUCUGAAGAAGUUGUAACUGGAGACAUCAAUGAUUCCAUGGACUUUGUGCUACUGAACUUUGCAGAAAUGAAUAAACUCUGGGUAAGAAUGCAGCACCAGGGUCACAGCAGAGACCGUGAAAAACGGGAACGUGAACGUCAGGAACUGCGCAUUCUUGUUGGUACAAACCUAGUUCGACUUAGUCAGUUGGAAGGGGUUAAUGUGGAAAGGUACAAACAGAUUGUGUUAACUGGAAUAUUGGAGCAGGUUGUAAACUGCAGGGAUGGCUUGGCUCAAGAGUAUCUCAUGGAAUGUAUAAUUCAGGUAUUCCCUGAUGAGUUUCAUCUGCAGACACUGAAUCCAUUCCUUCGUUCUUGCGCAGAGCUCCACCAAAGUGUUAAUGUUAAAAACAUUAUCAUUGCACUGAUUGAUCGGUUGGCUUUGUUUGCACAUCGUGAAGAUGGCCCUGGAAUCCCUGCUGAUAUAAAACUGUUUGACAUCUUUUCCCAACAAGUAGCUACAGUUAUACAGUCAAGACAAGAUAUGCCAUCUGAAGAUGUGGUAUCCUUACAAGUAUCUCUUAUCAACUUGGCCAUGAAGUGUUACCCUGAACGGGUAGACUAUGUUGAUAAAGUUCUUGAAACAACUGUGGAGAUCUUUAACAAGCUCAAUCUCGAACAUAUUGCUACUAGCAGUGCAGUUUCUAAAGAAUUAACACGGCUUCUAAAGAUUCCCAUUGAUACCUACAACAACAUCCUGACUGUAUUGAAGUUGAAACACUUCCAUCCUUUGUUUGAAUACUUUGACUAUGAGUCACGCAAAAAUAUGAGCUGUUACAUACUAAGCAAUGCACUUGAGUACAACACUGAGAUAAUUGGACAAGAACAGGUGGAUGCUAUACUGAACCUGGUUUCGACAUUGAUUCAGGAUCAGCCAGAUCAGCCAGCAGAAGAUCCUGACCCAGAAGAUUUUGCUGAAGAGCAAAGUCUUGUUGGUAGAUUUAUUCAUUUAUUUCAAUCUGAAGAUCCUGACCAACAGUAUCUGAUUUUAAACACUGCCAGAAAACACUUUGGUGCUGGUGGAAAUCAAAGGAUUCGUUUCACUUUACCACCAUUGGUCUUUUCUGCCUACCAGCUGGCCUUCUGCUACAAAGAGAAUUCGAAAGUGGAUGAAAAAUGGGAAAAGAAGUGCCAGAAGAUAUUUUCUUUUGCCCACCAGACUAUCAGUGCCCUGAUUAAAGCAGAGCUUGCAGAGUUACCUCUUCGCCUAUUUCUGCAGGGAGCACUUGCAGCUGGGGAUAUUGGAUUUGAGAAUCAUGAAACUGUGGCUUAUGAGUUUAUGUCGCAGGCAUUCUCUUUGUAUGAAGAUGAAAUCAGUGAUUCCAAGGCACAGCUGGCAGCAAUCACAUUGAUAAUAGGAACUUUUGAGCGUAUGAAAUGUUUCAGUGAAGAGAACCAUGAGCCUUUGAGGACACAAUGUGCACUGGCUGCUUCAAAGUUACUUAAAAAGCCAGAUCAGUGCCGUGCUGUUAGCAUCUGUGCUCAUUUAUUUUGGUCCGGGCGGAACACAGAUAAGAAUGGAGAGGAGAUUCAUGAUGGCAAGAGAGUGAUGGAAUGCCUUAAGAAGGCUUUGAAGAUAGCCAAUCAGUGCAUGGAUCCAUCACUACAAGUGCAGCUCUUCACUGAAAUCCUUAAUCGAUACAUAUAUUUUUAUGAGAAAGAAAAUGAGGCGGUGACUGUUCAAGUCUUAAAUCAGCUUAUUCAAAAAAUAAGAGAAGAUCUCCCAAACUUAGAAUCCAGCGAAGAAACUGAGCAAAUUAACAAACACUUUCACAACACACUGGAGCAUCUGCGUCUGCGGAGAGAAUCGCCAGAAGCUGAUGGACCUAUUUAUGAAGGUCUGGUCUUGUAACUUAGCACCACACAAAUUAUAAAGAUUCCAGAAAACAAUUUAAAAUCACUAUCACACCUCCUUCUCUGUAGUAGAUGGUUACAGAAUGUGCCUUUUAGACAUGCCAGGACAAUAGGAUUGCCAUUGAAUUGUAUCAUAUAUAUAUAUAUAUAUAUAUUAUAUUCUAUCUAAUGACCAAUACUUCUUUCAGGGAAGACAUUCCUUUGAAUUUAGCCAGUGAAACUAAAAAUCUUUCAAGCUGUCAUAAAGGGAGAUUUUGUUUUAUCUUCCACAGCAAGACUUGUAUUGACCUUAUUCAAAUGCAUUUCAACUUGAGCAAAAUGAAUCAAGGUGACUAGUUUUAAAAAAAAACAAAUCAACAUAAAUUGUCUGCACUGCAGUUUAAUUAUAAAAUCUCUAGCUGAAGACCUAAAAAAAAAUGCUUAACAGCUAUUUCAGUAAACUUCUAUAGCGGCUUGCCAAGCUUUUUUAUGAGCCAUUUAAAGGACUGGUUUAUUUAAGCUAAAUAUUUGCACAUAUGGAUAUGUUUUCUGCUCAAGAUAGAAGUUAUGAAAUAUCCUGCUAGAUAGAACAGUAAUUGUUUGAAGGAAGUGAACAUGCAGAUUGGAUUGUAUGGGUGUAGGUUAACGAGUCCAGUUACCUCUUUAAAAAGUACACUAUAACAAUUGUAUCUGAUUUUACAAUUCAAAAAUUUCAAUUCUACAAACUGUAAAGCAAGAAAUUACAUGGGCACAGUUAACAUGCAAGGAUAAACAGUAUCAAAAUUUUAUUUAAUUAAUGUGGUAUAAACAAGUUUUCUCUACAGACUAUUAAUUACACUCCUCGGUCCUUCAUAACAUGUUAACAUAACUAGUCUCUUUGAAAUCCAGAGAUUUAUAAUAACACCACACUAAACUAGAAUGAAAGAAAUGUUGACACUCCUUGGUUGUGAUCUUUUAACGCAUUUGUUGUAACAUUUCUCCUGCUUUACACAAUAUAUUGUAAUAUAGAACAAAAUAGUCAGUUGAGAUUAGUGUCUUGAAACUGAGGACAAAAUUCUCAAAAUUGUCAUUAAAUGAGCUAAAAUUGGUUUUUUGCAUGCUCCAUUUUGUAAAACCAGUUCAAGUUUGUCUCACUGAGGUAAUGGAAAGCAAUUUAAGUAUUUUGCCCCAACUUUUUAUUGGAUGAUAUGUUAUGAUAGGAUUCAGUGAUUUUUUUUUUUCAGUUUCUCUUUGUCCAGGAAAUUAGGGUAGAUUUUAAAAUAUUGAAAUUGAAGGAAGCUGAAGUGAACCUUCCAUGCCUAAAUUAAAGUAUGGUUCAUUGUAUAUCACUUCAUCUCAGCCUUCACAAUAUUGUGUGUUUAACAAUAAACAGAGGCAGAAUCCCAAAACUCAGCCAGUAUUUCCAGUGAGUAGCUUAACCAUACAGACUAGAAACAUACAUGGUUUGUUGAGUUAAUUUCCUCACUGGAACAGUGGUCAAGUUCUACUAUUAACCGUGGCACCCUAGAUAGGGGAAAUAAAAAUAGGGCAGGGUGUCAUGCUUUUAAGUAGCUAUCCAUAAUCUCUGUUGGAAGUGCAUAUAUUGAGUGCAGCGAUCAGAUUUGACAAAUGUUUCUGUGGCUAAACAUUCCCAAUAUAGGCUUACUUAUAAUCAAUACACACUUGGUUGGGUUACUGGAAGAUAACUGGACUUGUUGAAUCUUAACCUCUAAGGAGUAAAUGGCUUUGGAAGAUUUGGAGAGGAAAUAGGGAAGGCAAACCUGAAAGUGCACCCUACUUUUCUUUAAUUCAAAUGUAAUUGGAGCUAUUAAUGUGCAAAAUAUAGAAGUUAUAAUGUUGUAUACCAUAACAUGGAUGGUGAUUUGACUAUCUAACUUUUGACUGAAUAUUGCAUGCAGUUGAAUGAACAUCCUCUAAGAAGAAAAUACAACACUCAGACUAUACAUUAGCCAAAAGCUAUGUGAAUCUUGUCCUUUUCCAAUCUCGAGGAUUGAUUGCAAAAGUGUUAUGUAUGUAACAGAAUUUCAGCUUUCUUACUGAUUGACCAAAUUAUCAGGGUUGUCUUCCAAGUUAUGAAUUAUACCAGCACAAGUGGGAUUCUUUUUGUGGUGACUUUUUAUUACAGGCAAUUUUUUUGUAAAAUGUGGUGUUAAUUCAUGUAAAUCUGUUUUGUGUAUAUCUCAUCUGACAGUUUGUAACCAAGCUGCCCUCAUUUUAGUUUGCCACCCAAAGGGGAGAGAGAGAAAGGGUUCUGCUCUGUAGUAGUUAUUUUGACAGUAUAACAGGUUGCAUACCACUAAAAGAUGCAAUCUUAUAGUUUGAGACUGAAAAAUUACAAAUAAUUUACCCCAUUGAAUGUGUUAAAUCAUUCUUUCUAGGACAAGUGAAAAUUAACUAGUUUAUCAACAUUCUGUAUCUUUUUCGUCUGAAGGCAUAUUUUUCAAAGUCACCUCAAAUUGCUCAACGGGGAUUGUUUGUAAAGAUUGGAAGCUAGGUUCACAAACUAUAUCAAACCUAUGAAUUUGCUGACCUGCAGAACAACUUUGUUUAAAACUUUCAUAUUGUCUGUCUAUGUCUACAAAUGGCACACUUUCAGUAUCUGCCUUGUACUCUACAGCAGUUAAGCAGGUGAGUUAGGUUGAGAGACUUUUCAUAUAUUACGGGUAGGGAAGUCUUGAUUAGCAGGACGAUGAGAAUUACCCAUCAUAAAUUACACUGCUUUCAGUGAGUUAAUGCCCUAAUUUGUGUUUUUCUUUCUAAGUUUCAGUCAUUUUCCUUAAUCUAUGAUGAAAGCUAUUGCAUUGACUAUUUUAGAUAUUGGUAUUGCUUCUUCCCUUGAAUGCUUACUCCUCCUCAUUAUCCUGUAGGUGUAGUAGUAAUGUUGAAUUCUAUAGUAGCUGUAAAGACUUUAUUCUAAAAGUAGGGACAUCACGUACUUAAUGUAAAAUCUUGAGCUGCUAAGUUGAUAAAAGGGUGGUGUUUGCUGUAUUCAGAGGUUUAUGAUGUAUUUGUAUACAUGUAUCCUUGCAACUGAGCAUGUACUCAUUUCCCCAUUUGAGAAAUGAAAUAUACUUUUUGAAAUCACUGUAACAUACUUGUAAGCUUUAUAAUUCCUUUGUAAAUUAACUGGAGUAUUAUGGUCAAUGUAUUCAACAAAAAUCCUAUUAAAAUGCUUGACCAAG